GAUGCAAGAGUGCACCCGCAGUCGGCAUCAUGCGCCCCGCGCCCGCGCUGGCCCUGGCCGCUCUCUGCCUGCUGGCGCUGCCCGCCGCCGCCGCCGCCGCCACCUACUUCGGCCUGACAGGGCGUGAUGUCCUGACACCCUUCCCGGGCCUGGGCACAGCGGCAGCCCCGGCCCAGGCUGGUGCCCACCUGAAGCAGUGUGACCUGCUGAAGCUGUCCCGGAGGCAGAAGCAGCUCUGCAGGAGGGAGCCUGGCCUGGCUGAGACCCUGAGGGACGCGGCACACCUGGGGCUGCUGGAAUGCCAGUUCCAGUUCAGGCAGGAGCGCUGGAACUGCAGCCUGGAGGGGAGGACCGGCCUGCUCCAGAGAGGCUUCAAGGAGACAGCCUUCCUGUAUGCGGUGUCUGCAGCUGCCCUCACGCAUGCGCUGGCCCGGGCCUGCAGUGCUGGGCGCAUGGAGCGCUGCACCUGUGAUGACUCUCCAGGCCUGGAGAGCCGGCAGGCCUGGCAGUGGGGCGUGUGUGGUGACAACCUCAAGUACAGCACCAAGUUCCUAAGCAACUUCCUGGGGCCCAAGAGAGGAAGCAAGGACCUGCGAGCCCGAGCCGACGCCCACAACACCCAUGUGGGCAUCAAGGCUGUGAAGAGUGGUCUGAGAACAACCUGUAAGUGCCACGGUGUGUCGGGCUCCUGUGCCGUGCGUACCUGUUGGAAACAGCUGUCCCCGUUUCGUGAGACCGGCCAGGUGCUGAAGCUACGCUACGACACCGCCGUCAAGGUAUCCAGUGCCACCAAUGAGGCUUUGGGCCGUCUGGAGCUAUGGGCGCCUGCUAAGCCAGGUGGGCCCGCUAAGGGCCUGGCACCUCGCCCCGGGGAUCUGGUCUACAUGGAAGACUCUCCCAGCUUCUGCCGGCCCAGCAAGUACUCCCCAGGCACGGCGGGCAGGGUGUGUUCUCGGGACGCAAGCUGCAGCAGCCUCUGCUGCGGGCGAGGCUACGACACCCAGAGCCGCAUGGUGGCUUUCUCCUGCCACUGCCAGGUGCAGUGGUGCUGCUAUGUGGAGUGCCAGCAGUGCGCGCAGCAGGAGCUUGUGUACACCUGCAAGCGCUAGGCCUCCACCAGCUGAGACGGUGGUACUGCCGGGGCUCCCACCGUGCACGACUCCGGCAAGCACUUACCUGCCGAUGUACACGCCACGCAGCACGAGGGGGUGCCACUCGCCUUCUGCCUUCUUCCCCAUUCAGCAGAGAGAAACAAAGCCCUGCCUCUGAGUCCCAGGAUCACCAAUCUGGUUGAGGACUUGGAGCAGCAAACAGACUGAGGAGAAGAGAGGGAAAUAUAUGAGGAUCAGGGUAGGGCAGGAACGAUGCUAUACCGGAAGAGAGAAAGAAACACCUUCCUGUCUCAAGGCCAACAAAAGCUGGGAGAAUAUGGAAGAGGAAGUUCCGCAGAACCAGCUAGAGUGCGUGCAUGCGUGCUUGUGUGCGUGUAGCAUCCAACUGAGCAUGGCCAAUUUGUGUGGCCCCACUCUGAUGGCAGAGAGCUCUGGGUACCACAUGCCUGUCCUGCUUUUGGUGGCGGGGGGGGCCGCUUUGCGCACUGGAGACUGUUCAGAAUGUUUAUUGGGAGCAAGGAGAGCUUUUUAGGUGUGGGUGGAUCAGGUCACAGAGCCCAUGCCCUGAAGUCUUUGCUAAGCCUGCCUCCUCAGUGGUCCCGUUCCUUUACUAAUGCCCCCUUCACUUGGGCUCCUACCAGAGGAACAGAAUGACUACUGAUGGAUCAAGUGGCCAUUUUUAAUGUCCCCCACCGAGGCCCCCUGUGAAGGAAGAGAAACCAGUGCACAGGUACAGGCCUAUACUGAUGCACACACACACACAGCCUGGCCAGGCACAGGCUCCCCAUGAAGCCGCGCACGUCUCUCCAGCCCAGGACAAAGACCUCACUGGGGUCACUCUGCUGGAGGCUGUAUGCUUCCCCAGAGCAGAGCCCAAGGCCAGCCAGGAGGAAGUGACCUCUUUUGGGAAGCCUGCGGCCACUUGGCUGGCUGUACUGAGUCCUCCUAUAAGCUUCCUUCUGUUCUGAACCCUGUCGGGGUUACUAUCCCUCUACGGGAACAGGAAGCUUCGGAAUCAGUGGGUGCUCAGCAGACAUCACCCACACCAGCUCCAGGAAGGAGGCUAUAUGGCCCAGAGGGGCCACCCUAUCUUCGGUGGCUCAGGCCAGCGUGAGGAUGCUGGAAGGAUCUUUGAUGGCAGAAGCUCCAAGAAGGACCUGAGACCCUUCCCUGGAAUGACUUUGCUGACUAACGAAAGAAGCCCGCCCACAGCUUGGCAGGAGGGGAAACACAGACUGAAGGCUGGUUUUCCACUUCCCUACUGAAGGUUGACUUGUUCCUUGAUAACCUGAGGCAUCCUUCUCCCCUGUGAGCCCUACUCCUGCUCUCCCUGGAGGCUACACAGGCAAGAAGGGAUUCCCAAAACAACUUGGGGACCAGAACCCUCUGACCUACCACCAUACCACCUGGUCAGGAGGGCUGGGGGUGCAGAAGGGUCAAAGUCGGACUUGAAGCCUAGGCUGUGGCUGGCCAUUAACCCUGGUGCCCCAGGGCACCCUCAGUCUGGCCCUCUCCCUCCCUUCUCUUUCUCCAAGGUCUGUCUUUUCCUAUUCCCCCUAAAAUCCCACCGCAGUCCUGCUGGGGCCCCUCAGACUGGAACUUUAAGGGAGAUGUUCACAGGGUAUUUCUGCCUACCUCAUACAUAUAGUUGUUAGGAAAUAAUUUAUAUAGCUAAGAUAUAUGGGAAAGUAUUUAUGUUAUUUAUAUAGCUUCUCUGUUUCUUGGGCACCAUUAUGUGGGGUUCACGUGUUUACCCAGAAGCCUCUGGGGAAACACAGCUGGGUCUGCCAGGGGCACUCGAGGAGCUGGAUACCAGGUAGCUGAGGGUGGUCACAGCUCCUUGUGUCUCAUGGAAGUCUGUUCUGGAGCUCUGGAGCACACGUCCCUCCUGAGGUGACCCCUUGAGACUGAGCAGAAUCUUUCUUGUGAAGUCUGCAGAUUUUCUGUCUCUGGGCCCCAGGGGCAUUUCUGCUCUGUCCGAAGGGUUUUUCUCCUAAAGGACAAAAAGGAUGGGCACUUUCCAUUUUUAGAAACACUUUUCUCUUUACUUUCCCUUGAUUUCCUCAUUUUCCCUGUGUGGUUAGGUUAGGUGAGGCCAAACUACUGUACCCAUUUUCCAGUUUUGACCCAGAGACGGAGGCCUGUGCUCAAAGUCACACAGAAGAGAAGAGUGAGGGAAUAUUGACUUGAACAUGUCCCAGGAACUGGGGCAGUGGACCUACUCUAAACCUGAGAGCCAAAGCCAUCAGUCUCCCUCCGAACCUAGAAACUAAGGGAGGUCCUUGCUGUGUGUGACCCUGGCCUCCCCUUGGAUGACAUGCUAGUUUCUCCAGCAAGCAGAGUCUCAUGUCUCAGGACUGGGACUUCCUGAGAAGCCCGGAGAGGCAAAGACUCCAUGGAGGUCACUCUUGGGAGUCCUGCAGCCCACCUCACCCAAGAUGACCAGGCUACAGCACCCAGCCCGUGGGUGAGUUUUGUUUGCUUUCUUUUGUUUUUAAAAAUGAAUUGUUUCCCACUGGAUUUCUAAUUUUUUUUCUUUGAAAAUCAGUUGCACUGGCAAAUGGGACUUAUAUCCUGACCUGGCUGCACUGGGAGCCACACCAGACAGAAGGCAUGGGGCUCCCCAACUGGCCCAGUGUCCCCUGCCCUUUCUCAAGUCAUAUAUGCUCCCAUCUGGCUUUUGUGGGCAUGCAGAGCAUGGCCCCUGGCCUAGACAAAGUCAGCUGUUCCUGCACCCUAGUUGUCUAACAGGCGGAUGACCGCAGACUAUGCCAGCCCUGAAGAUCAUGUCUUGCCCUCCAGUGUCCUCUCUCAAUGACCAUGAACUUCCAAUGCUUCCUGUCUGAGCACAUAGGAGAAGCGCUACAGAAGCCCUUCUUUGUCAAGUGCUGCCACACAUCCAUCUCACCUCCAGCGAUUAUUUAGGGAGCUCCUAAUGAAUGCCAGGGAGACACUCUGGCUGGUAGGAUGCCGCAGUGCUUCAGAGCAAAUCCCAGCCUCAUGGGGCUGACGUGCUGGAGAGCAGAAAGCUGGCAAGCCAAUAAACUAUGCGCUAGUUA